AUGCUCUUUCAGGACUUGGAGAAGAACGGUGCCGCCAAUGGAUGGCCGCAGAAGAUUUGGAAAGUUGUUGGUGGCGGUUCUGAAGGUAUUCCUGUAACCAAGGAGCGCGGCGGCAAGAUUGAGAAAGAGCGUUUGUCUCAUGGCGCUUUGGUAGAAGAAUUGGAGCUCAAGCAAGACCUGAAUAUCAUGCGCUACCGGCGGAUGACAGGAAAAGGCCCCAAGGAGGGAUGGGUCCAGCUGGUUCGUCCCAGUGGCAUCAAGCCGCUGCUGGUGAAGACCGAGCUCCGGCCACCGGCGCAGAAGGCGCAGGGCCAAGACAUGGGCGUCGGCUCGCUGAUCGUGACGCCACUGCGCUGGGAUGCGGAAGAAGCGCUGAAACUCAUGGGUCGCAUGGAUGAGCUUGAGGCGGCGGCUGAAGCCUUGCAGAUGCAGCAAGCUCUACCGCCCGAGCCGAAGAAGCCAGAGAAGUUCAUCAUGUUGCCUGGGCAGAUCGUCCGACCCGAGGGCUUCCCCAAGCUGGCAGACCUUGUGAUUUCAUCAGACUGCGUGUGCGAGCCGGCCUAUGGGGAGACCUGGGAACAGCUGGUGGAGGUCAUCGAGAAGAUCUUGGCGCCCAACGGCCACGCCAUCAUCUCCUUGAGGCGGAGGAGCUACGACGGCAUUGAGAAGUUCGUGAUGCGCCUGGCGCGGAAUCUACGCUUCCAACGCUAUCGUUACCGGAAGUCACCGGAGAACGUGGAUGGCGUGGAUUUGAUUUGUGCAGCUUGGCCGGGCAAGAACGAGCAGUUCGAGCAGUCGGUGGACUCACCCAGAAACCCACGUGAUUCCCAAUACGCUGAAGGCGAAUUUUGACGCCUCUGCGCGAAGCCGCUUUGCAGUGCCAAAGGCAAGCGGGGCAGGCAGUCGAGAAACUGCAUUGAAGAAGAUGCAGCAUUGGCCCAGAAAA